AUGGAGUCCACAGACUUCUCGCCCCUCCAAAACAUCUGCGCCCACCUCAACGCCUUCCAUGUCUACGCAUCCGACCCAACCCGCGUCGUCGAGGCCAACCACUACUGUGGCCACCUAACCGAGGAUGUGCGUCAGUGUCUGCUCUACGACAGCCCCUCGCCCGGGGCCCGCCUGAUCGGCAUCGAGUACAUGAUCAAGCCGCACCUAUACGAGACCCUGGACCGGGAGGAGCGCCGCCUGUGGCACAGCCACGUCUUCGAGGUCAAGUCGGGCAUGCUCGUCAUGCCGCAACCCUCGGCGCUCGUGCCCCAGGCGCUAUGGGACAAGGCCGAGACCGCCGAGAUGGAGCAGGUGGUUGAGCUUUAUGGCAAGGUGUACCACCUAUGGCAAGUCGAUCGCGGUGAUAAACUGCCGCUGGGAGAGCCGCAACUCAUGACGAGUCUGACCAAGGCGGAUCAACUUCCGGGGUUAGAAAAAGCUAUGGACGAGAGGGACAAGCGGUUUCCGGGGUGUCGUUGGCGUGAAAAGAGGGCGAUUAGGAAAGAUAUCGAGGAGCCUCCGAUCCAUCCUGACUAUACGUGGAAGAAAAUGUUUGUGGAACUCUGCCUCGGUGUCAAUUUCGGGUUUUGCGAUAAAAUGACUAUUGUUUGGCCUCUCGUCAACGCCUCCCCCCGGCUCUUCCGGUGCAUCAAGUGGAUGCGGUAG